AUGAGAAUAUUGCAUUUGAUGACAGUAACCAAAGAACAUGAAGCAAGUUCCAUAACUCAAUCUUCUAACAUUUCUUCCACUUCAAUCAAUCCUUCUAAUAACUCUUACAACCCUUCUUCUAACAACUCUUCUAUUCCGACUUCUCUUGAAACUUCUUCGCCAAAUAAUUCACAAACGAUUGGUACAAUAAUGAAACAAGGAAUACAAUCAUACAUGGAAGCCAAAAAUUUAAGAUUAAAACAAGCGAAUGAUUCAUAUUUUGCCGUCUUGAAAUAUAAUACCCUUUUUAUGUACGACAAUGAAAAUCAAUUGGAUUGUAAAGGUGUAAUAAUAGUGUCAAAUCAUGAUGUGUCAAUGUAUCCGGAAAAUUUACCUGAUAACGAAAUAUUUUUAAAACCUACUUCCAUCAGGUUAAAGAAAAAGCAAUCAAUAUAUGCUGAAAUGGAAAAGAUUAAUGAAAACAACAACAAUGAAAACAAUAAUGAUAAUGAUUGUACAACUGAGCCUUUGGUUGGUGACGGUAACAGUAGUAAUAGUAGUAGCAGAUCGACUAUGGCUACAUGUUAUUAUAUAUUUUGUGAUAGAUGUGUUGAUAAAGAGGAUUGGUUUUUUGCAUUGCAAAAAUCCUCAAAACUCCAUUCAAAUUCACCCGGUCCUCAGCCACAAAUAGUAAAAGAUAAAGCAGAGUUUGAUCAACAUGCAAUGACCAAUUUACUAAAAACAAUCAACUCAAAUGAUGAUCACAUAAAAACUCAAUGGUUAAAUGCAACACUAGGAAGAAUAUUUCUUUCAAUCUAUAAAACAAACACAAUCAAAGAAUAUUUCAUCCACAAACUGAAGAAAAAAAUCAAAAGAGUCAAAAAACCAAAUUUCUUAAGUGACAUACAAAUAAAAUCAGUAGAGGUAGGUGAUGGAAUACCUUAUAUUACCAACCCUAAAUUGAAUGGAUUAUCUGAUAAUGGUGAUUUAAGUGUUGAUCUAAACCUGGAUUAUAAUGGUGGAUUUAGGGUGGAAAUAGAAACCGAAGCUAUGAUUUCGGUUACAAGAUUGAGAACCAUUAAAUUGUCGUUUGUUCUUGCAGUGGUCUUGAAAGGUCUGCAAGGUAGAUUGUUGUUGAAAAUCAAACCACCACCAACAAAUAGGAUUUGGUUUGGUUUUUAUGAAAUGCCAAAAUUGAAUUUAUUAAUUGAACCAAUAGUUUCAGAAACUCAAUUAAAAUUCUCACCAAUAAUUAAAGCAAUUGAGUCGAAAAUUCAUGAAAUGAUUAUGGAUACUGUAGUAUUGCCCAAUAUGGAUGAUUUACCUUUUUUCCCAAAAUCCUCGGCAAAUAAUAAUGAUAAAAGUGACCAUGAUGUAUUGGCUAGUAAUAACAAUAAUGAUACAAAUGAAACAAAAAUUAUGCCAGCUACAGUCAACGAACAUAUUAAACAUGAAAUAAUAAAUUCAAAUACAUCCAUGGAUAACAAUAGUCCUGCUGAAGGAUCAAAUGAUUCGUGUAGUGGUGAAUCUAAUUUGACCAAAUCUAAUAAUUAUGGACUUGGAUACGUUACCAAGCAUUUGAAACGGAACGUCUCCUAA